CCUGGCCAGAUCCAGCCGGCGAGGGAUCGAGGUUGGGCGGGGGCCGAGCAACGGCGGAGUGAUCAGGCGGCGCGGAGGACUUGAGGAGAGGUAGGGGCUUUUGCUCGGAUAUGGGGAGGACCUACGAUCCACUGCUGGGGACAAUGGUUAAGGCGCCAGAUGGGAUAGGAACAGUCAUGCUAUCACAGGCCCAGAGUCAUAUGUAUAAGGUGUGGCAAGAGAUCGAACCUGUAGUCUUCCUUGGAGUUGGUGUUGGUUUGUGUUGGACAGUUUGGUGCUACUUGGACCGCAAGUCAUCUCUGCGCACAUACGGACGUUACCUGACAGGCAACAAAUGCGGCCCGGUGGUCGGCCGCGAUGAUGAGAUUGAUCGUGUUAUUUCCAUUCUCUGCUGCAAGACCAAGAACUGUGCUGCACUCGUUGGCGCCCCAGGGGUUGGCAAGACGGCCAUAGCUGAGGGCCUCGCACAGCGCAUUGCUGCCGGCAAGGUUCCUGCCGAGCUCGCCGAGGCUCGUAUCUUGGAGCUUGACCUUGGGGGGAUGGUGUCUGGAACUAUAUUACGUGGUAUGUUUGAGGGUCGUUUAAAGAAAGUAAUAAACGAGGCGGAGAAUUCACGCGGCAAAAUAAUUCUCUUCAUCGACGAGAUGCACAUGCUGAUUGGUGCCGGUAGCGUCGGUGGCCCAUGGGGAACCAAUGAUGCUGCCAACAUGCUGAAGCCGGCGUUGGCUCGUGGUCGUAUCCGUUGUGUGGGCGCGACGACUUUUGAUGAUUACCGCAAGUACAUUGAGAACGAUGGUGCACUUGAACGACGGUUCCAGAAAGUGCAUAUUGCGGAACCGAGCAUGCAGGCGACCAUUGCCAUUCUGCAGGGCAUAAAGCAGCAGUAUGAACAGCACCAUGGCGUGGAAAUCCAAGAUGCCACUGUUGUUGCUGCUGCACAGCUUGCUGGACGCUACAUCACUGGUCGUCAUUUUCCUGAUAAGGCUAUUGAUCUGAUUGAUGGGGCGUGUUCUACUGCAAAAAAAAUGAUGCAGAUUGACAAUCAAGAAGAGGAAGUGGACGCUGUGAAGAAAACAAUCAUUGUUACGCCAAAUCAUGUCGCGGAAGUUGUGAGCCGAUGGACCGGAAUUCCUGUCACUGCGCUUGAUCAAGAUGAGAAGGACAGGUUAAUCCACCUAGCGGACAGACUUCAUGAGCGAGUUGUUGGCCAGGAUGAAGCGGUAAAUCUGGUUGCAGAAGCAGUGUUACGUUCCAGGGCUGGCCUUGAUCAUCCUGGCCAACCCAUAGGAUCAUUCCUCUUCUUAGGAUUGACUGGUGUUGGAAAGACAGAGCUUGCAAAGGCUCUUGCGGAGCAACUAUUUGGCAGCGAGAAGACGAUGGUUCGCAUUGACAUGUCUGAAUAUGUUGGGUCUGGAGCUGUGGCACGUCUCAUUGGAGCAGCACCAAGCUGUGUUGGCUAUGAAGAUGCUGGACAACUAACUGAACAAGUCAGGAGGCGCCCAUACAGUGUCAUCCUUUUCGAUGAGGUGGAGAAGGCAGAUCCCUUGGUGCUGAACGUUUUUAUUCAACUCCUUGACGAUGGUGUGUUGACUGAUGGCAAAGGUCGGACCGUAGAUUUCAAGAAUACUAUCAUCAUCAUGACCUCAAACCUAGGAGCAGAGCACCUAACAGCAGGAAUGGCUGGAGAAAGCACAAUGGAAUCUGCAAGAGACCUUGUGAUGACGAAGGUUCAUCGACACUUUAAGCCUGAAUUUCUGAACAGACUGAGUGAGGUUGUGAUAUUUGAGCCUCUUUCGCCUGACAAGUUGAAGGAGAUUGUGAGAAUUCAGAUGAAGAGUGUCAUUUCAAGGGUAGCUGCAAAGAACAUCUGUCUAUCUGCAAGUGAUGCUGCGUUGGACGUCAUUUUAUCAGAGUCAUAUAACCCAAUGUAUGGUGCAAGGCCCAUAAGGAGGUGGGUGCAGAAGAAUGUGAUGACGGUGCUGUCUCAGAUGCUGGUCAAAGGUGAAGCCGGUGAAGGCUCGGCGAUCUCCAUUGAUGCUGCGGAUGACAGAAAGGGGCUCAAGUACGAAGUAGUAGAUCCACGAGGCAAGAGUCCGGUGGUGCAACUUUCCGGCGACGAGAAGAGUUAUGUUAUGGCAAUGACAGAUGGUGCCAUGGCCGGCGAGGAAGGCGGAAGUGACAGAACCAUCGGUUGCUAGCUGGUGCCGCAGCAGCCCUCAGGGAUUGGAUAGAGCGCCUAGUUUUUUGUUUGAUUUUUGAGCUGGGAGGGCCUAGUUAAUAAACUUUCCUGAAUAGCAGAGGUAGAAGAUAUGCCAAUGGCACCAUGGAGGGGAAAACGUUUUUGUUACUCUGUCCGACCAAACAUGUCAAAAUUUAGACAAAGUUACCACAUGAUUGGUGGGACAGAGGGUUUUGGAGGCACCAUGCAAUGUGCUCUUAGCAGUAGCGUAAAUCCUCACCAUCGGUGAUCAUAAUUAUCAGCAGGUUCGUCUAUCAGUAAGGAUUGUGCUGUUUAAUUAGCAGUGG